CCUUCCCGCCCGCCCCUAUUGUUCCGCCCCCGGCCUCCCGCCCUUCCCCUUCCCGCCCGCUCCCCUUUUCCCCUCAGUCGCUUCGCGCCCGCAGUUUUUGGCUUUCAUUCCCCCACCAGUGACCAAAGACUUGACCACUCAACGUCCAGCUCCCCAUAACUCUGCUCGACAUGGACACCGGUGUUAUUGAAGGUGGAUUAAAUGUCACUCUCACCAUCCGGCUACUUAUGCAUGGGAAGGAAGUUGGCAGUAUCAUCGGAAAGAAAGGAGAAUCAGUUAAGAAGAUGCGCGAGGAGAGUGGUGCACGCAUCAAUAUUUCAGAAGGGAAUUGUCCUGAGAGAAUUAUCACUUUGGCUGGACCCACUAAUGCCAUCUUCAAAGCCUUUGCUAUGAUCAUUGAUAAACUGGAAGAGGACAUUAGCAGCUCUAUGACUAAUAGCACAGCUGCCAGUAGACCCCCAGUUACCCUAAGGCUGGUGGUACCAGCUAGUCAGUGUGGCUCUCUCAUUGGAAAAGGUGGUUGCAAGAUCAAGGAAAUACGAGAGAGUACAGGGGCUCAGGUCCAGGUGGCAGGGGAUAUGCUCCCCAACUCGACUGAGCGGGCCAUCACUAUUGCUGGCAUUCCACAGUCCAUCAUUGAGUGUGUCAAACAGAUCUGCGUGGUCAUGUUGGAGACUCUCUCCCAGUCCCCCCCGAAGGGCGUGACCAUCCCGUACCGGCCCAAGCCCUCAAGUUCUCCAGUCAUCUUUGCAGGUGGUCAGGACAGGUACAGCACAGGCAGCGACAGUGCGAGCUUUCCCCACACCACCCCGUCCAUGUGCCUCAACCCUGACCUGGAGGGACCACCUCUAGAGGCCUAUACCAUUCAAGGACAGUAUGCCAUUCCACAGCCAGAUUUGACCAAGCUGCACCAGUUGGCAAUGCAACAGUCUCAUUUUCCCAUGACACAUGGCAACACUGGAUUCAGUGGCAUUGAAUCCAGCUCUCCAGAGGUGAAAGGCUAUUGGGCAGGUUUGGAUGCGUCUGCUCAGACUACUUCUCAUGAACUCACCAUUCCAAACGAUUUGAUUGGCUGCAUAAUCGGGCGUCAGGGCGCCAAAAUCAAUGAGAUCCGUCAGAUGUCUGGGGCUCAGAUCAAAAUUGCAAACCCAGUGGAAGGGUCUACUGAUAGGCAGGUUACCAUCACUGGAUCUGCUGCCAGCAUUAGCCUGGCCCAAUAUCUAAUCAAUGUCAGGCUUUCCUCGGAGACGGGUGGCAUGGGGAGCAGCUAGAACAGUGCAGAUUCAUCCAUACUCCCUUUCUGCUGUUCACCACCACCACCCAUGAUCCAUCUGUGUAGUUUCUGAACAGUCAGCGAUUCCAGGUUUUAAAUAGUUUGUAAAUUUUCAGUUUCUACACAAUUUAUCAUCCACUCGUGAUUUUUUAAUUAAAGCGUUUUAAUUCCUUUCUCUGUUCAGCUGUUAAUGCUGAGAUCCAUAUUUAGUUUUAUAAGCUUCUACCCUUACCCCUUUUUCGUUUUUUUUUUUUUUUUUUUUUUUUGCUCAUGAAUUUUUUUUUGUCAUGGAAAUGUAAGAGUGGAAUAUUAAUACAUUUCAGUUUAGUUCUGUAAUGUCAGGAAUUUUUCAAAAAAAAAAUUAAAAGAUGGACUGGAGCUUUUUCUUUUGUGAAUAGAAACUGGACGCCACAGUGAUUAUGUGGGUUUUAUUCCUGUUGUCUUGCUGUUAUUUUUGUACCUUUUCACCCUCACCAGACCCUUACUGGGUUUGAAUAGAAGAAUUUAUUCCAAUUAAGAUAUUUUCUGUUUUGCCACUACAUGUUUUUUUUAUUUGCCCUUUCUCUUUCCCAUGACCACGAUUAGACCCUGUAAAACUUGUGCCUGAAGCCUGAAGGUUAUACUUUCCCCAGGAUUGUAGAGUAGCAGACACUUCUGUGGAGCUGGAGUGGGAUAAUAUGUGCACAUGUACACACAUGAAAAUAACUGGACUUGUAUCUAGCUAGUAUUAAGCAUCUUGGGAAUGACUUAUCACCUUAUUCAUGUUCACAUACUUUAAACAGAAACUUAAAUCUCUUGUUUCUAAUAA